UACCUUUCAGUUUGCACUUGUUUGUCAAGAUAGGUAAGCAUAGGCUCAGAUAUUUACUCGGGGAUUCCAUCGCACCGUGCGGACGCCCCUCAAUGAAUAGAAAUAGAAUGGGGCAAGCUUGUACUGGCCGCAAACGCCAUCAUCUGUACAUUUCGUUUUGUUGAUUAUGUUUUGCGCUUGUGAUUCGGAUAGAACUUGGAGAGUGAAGCAUAUGCUCCAAGCAGAGCAGAGAAGUAGCAGUUAGGCAAAGCGAGAAGGCGGGCAAUGGAGUCGGAGACGGCAGAGGUGCUCCUGCCGCGGCUGGAGCAGCCUGUCUCCUCCGUCGACCAUCUCGGUCAUCUGGCCUCCCGCGGCAGUUCCGGCGGGUGGCACGCCGCUCUCUUCAUCAUCGGUACAAAGAAGAAGACGCAGCUAGCAAGCACAUCAUUUGCCUUUUCUGUGUUGAACAUGUUGCAUGUUUUCCACGGAUGUAUGUAGGAGUGGAGGUCGCCGAACGGUUCGCAUUUUGUGGCAUCAUAGGCAACCUGAUGAUCUACCUCACGGGCCCGCUCGGCCAGUCGACGGCGGCCGCCGCGUCGGCCGUCAGCGCGUGGCACGGUGCGGCCAUGCUGUUGCCGCUGCUCGGCUCAGCCGUCGCCGACUCCUGGCUUGGCCGCUACCGCACCGUCAUCUCCGCAUCAAUCCUCUACAUCUUGGGACUUGGCAUGCUCAUCCUCUCAACGGUUCUCGCGCCGGGAGAGCCGCCAGGAUGGGCAGGCAAGGUGCCGGGCUCAGCCUGGUGCGCGACAACUUCGUCCGCUCAGGUGGCCCUCUUCUUCUUCUCCCUCUACCUGGUGGCGAUCGCUCAGGGCGGCCACAAGCCCUGCGUCCAGGCGUUUGGCGCCGACCAGUUCGACGAAAACGACCCCCGCGAGCUGGCCUCCAGGAGCUCCUUCUUCAACUGGUGGUACUUUGCUGCCUAUGGCGGCAACACCGUCCCCGUCUCGGUUCUGAACUACGUGCAGGAGAGCGUAAGCUGGCAGCUCGGGUUCGUCAUCCCGUGCGUGGCCAUGGCUCUCGCCCUUGCCGUCUUCUGUCUAGGAACCAAGACUUAUCACUUCCAUCCACUGCCAAGUGCUAAAAUGCAAGCACACUGGACAGGAGGAUUGGCACCCUAGUCGUACCAGCAGCUUCCCUGCAAAACCUGGUAAGCGCGUCACUCAUGAUCUUUCUGCCGAUCUACGAGCGAGUCUUGGUUCCACUUGCCAGGAAGCACACCAAGAACCCU